AUGGGCGUGAUCGCAGAGUCAGAUCUUGAUCCUGAAACAGUCCUACACCCAGCAACCUCCCACCCAGGCUUAACCCUUCACGCCAUCGCCACCCCGGACGCGCCCACAGCGGAGCGUCUGGCCUCACGCUUCCACUUUGCAAAGGCGUACGGCUCCCGCACCGCGCUGCUCGAUGAUCCCACCAUUGCCGCUGUGUUCGUCUCUGCUCCUAUUGGGCUGCGCUUUUCCAAUGUGGAACUGGCUCUUAGAAAGGGGAAGCAUGUUCUCUGCGAGAGUCCCCUCGCGGCGAAUGCGAAUGAGGUGAAGAUCUUGGUGGACUUGGCGAAAGAGAUGGGGGCUGUGUUGUUAGAGGGUGUACGUUACGACGUUAUUCUCCGUCUUUACAGACAGGAUUGCAUUAACGGAUCCGACGGAAGGAAUAGGUCGAUUGGCAGUUCCAUCCAGCCGCGCAUGCAUGGCGCAAACUUGUCGAUGCGCGCGAAUCCGGACGCAUUCUUCACUCCGAGGCUGUUAUGA